AUGAGUGAGCCGACGGUAAACUUCAACGUACAAACUCGACAGGUUCAGUUUGCUGUUCCUGCCGAAUUGAUCAAGAAGAAUCUCAAGACAAUUCAGAAACUUGUGGAGAAGCUGAAGAAACAGAUCACGGAGGAAGUGAGCAAUAUAAAAAGGAACCCGAACCUCAUUGCAAGUGAGAAGCUAGCCACUAUUCGAAGGCUCAUAAAGAAUCUCGAGUUGUACCAAAAGAAACUCAAACAGGCAAUUGAACUUGAUGAAAACUAUCGAGCUAGGCUAACCACGAGAGCCAAGCAUUUGAACGAACUAAGGACUAUGACAGUCAAUUACUCCACCGCAAAUGGCACAAGCCAAGAGGAAGGCGACGAUAAGCUCCUAGAUUUACACAGCGAGAAGCUCAUCAAUUGGUAUAGGUGUGAAACGAAUCUAUUAAUAAUCGACUACUUAUUGAAGUCCAAUACGAGGAAGGACCUAAAUUUGGGAAGCGAGCUCAUGAGGAGUCUAGCGCCCACAUUCCAGUAUGAUGUUACGAAACUCAUUGAUUACGACGUUUAUGAAAGUUUUAAUAAGUUGUUCUUGUCGAUCAAUAUGGACCACGAUCUAGAGCUCAUAUCCGCAUGGUAUAACGAGAACAAGAACGCUUUGAAGAAGCUCGGUUCUAAUCUCCAGUUUGAGAUUCAUCAUUGCAAAUAUCUAUCCAUGUUUGAGAGUGAGAAACUCUCCGAAGCUAUCGCAUACCACAAGACAUAUCUUGCCCCCUAUGGAAACCCGACGAAUUACCAAGAAGAUAACCUCAUCAACUAUGAGAAGAAUGUUGAACGUCUCACUGCGGCUGGCUCACCGCUAAUGUAUGUGUCAAUGAAAUUUGACGGAUACCAAAUAAAUCGCGGAGAAGCAAGUGUGGACGAGGAGCUGCUAGCAAAGUACAAGAGAUACUAUCAUAAGAGGACAGAAGAACGUUGGAGAGGCCUCUCAAAGUGCUUCACGGAAGACUUCACCAAAAUUUAUGGCAUACCCAGGACUUACCCACUUUUGGUGCUACUAUCCGCUGGCCUUUCCAGUCUCAAAACCAAGUCCUGCUACUGUAAUGAUGAGAAUUCCAUUUUUCAGACAGACCAAAAGGAGAAGUUGGAAAUCACUAACUGGCGAGAUUUAUCACUUCGUGGACCUAAUUACUACUAUAAGUUGUUGAGGAAGAUAAAUCAGUGUCCAGUGUGCUCGCCAGAGCUUUUUCAUUUGAGUCUGAAUCUACCGUAUGCCCAGUUGCUCACAAGCAUCUUGAACAAUCCUUUCAAGCUCCCAAACGGAAAUAUUUAUCCAUUUGAAAAGCUAGUAAAUCCAUCCAAAAAAAUGCUAGCUGCAACAAAAUCCCGUGGACCCGAGUUGUUCAGAGAUAAUCAGCUCAUGGAUCCUCUUACGCAUGAGGUAUUCCUGAUAGAUGACUGCGUUAGAGUUUUCCCAGCAUAA